ACACACAGGGAGACAGCUCAUGGCGUGUUAGUCGUCCCCGCUCUGUUUCCCCUUUGGAAAGAUGGAGAAAAAGACGAGAUGCGCGACGAUGUGCGGACUCGCGCGCUGCGUGUCGGUGCUCUUCCUGUGCGCUCUCGCGCGGGCGCGCGCCUCAGCCAACCUGCCACCGUGCCGUGAGGGAGACUACUACUUUGAGUACACAGAGUGUGACAGCACAGGAUCGCGCUGGAGAGUGGCCAUCCCUCAUCAACAGGGCAGCUGCAGUGGCCUACCCGAGCCGGUCAGAGGCACAGACUGCACGUUCUCCUGUGAAGCAGGAGAGUUCCUAGAGAUGUCCUCUCAGCAGUGUAUCCAAUGUGCAGCGGGCUCCUACUCACUAGGCAGCGGCGUCCGGUUUGACCAAUGGGACUCCAUCCCUGCCGGAUUCAGCAGCCUAGCCACCUACAUGGAGCCCGAGGGAGCCGGAGACGAAACUCUGUCCUGCAACAAUUCCACAUGGACACCUCAGGGUACUCACUUAGAGUCGAAUCGGGACGAGUGCACGGUUUCGCUCGUGUAUGCCGUUCAUCUGAUGAAACAGGGUUCUGUCUCCUUCGACUACCAAUACGUUGACAACAACAUCUUCUUCGAGUUCUUCAUUCAGAACGAUCAGUGCCAAGAAAUGGAUCAAUCAGCCGACCAGAAAUGGAUCAAACUCACAUCUAAUGGUGAAUGGGGAACACAUACGGUGAACCUGAAGUCAGGGACUAAUAUCUUGUACUGGAGGACUACUGGCAUUCUACUGGGAGGGAAACCUGUAAAGCCUGUCCUGCUGAAAAACAUUCAGAUUGAAGGUGUGGCAUACACAUCAGAGUGUUUCCUGUGCAGACCAGGCACCUUCAGUAAAACUCCAGGCUCGUCCUUCUGUGAUCUCUGCCCCAGAAACACCUACUCGAAUAAAGGAGCUAGCUCAUGCACUCCGUGUCCAGGGACACAGUACUCCGAGGAAGGCUGGGCGGGGUGUAAGAGCAAGCCACCGUGCUCAGAGAAAGAUUACUUCCAGAUCCACACCGCCUGUGAUGCCAAUGGAAAAACACAGGUGCUGUAUCGAUGGGUGGAGCCGAAGGUGUGCGUGCACGACGCAGCCGGAGCCGUCACUCUGCCCCCUUCCGGAGAAAAGGAGGACUGUCCACCAUGCAACCCAGGAUUUUAUACACACAAUACAUCCACAUGCCUGCCGUGUCCACCUGGGAAAUACUCCAACGGCACCACAGAGUGCCGGGCAUGUCCUGCAGGAACCGAGCCGUCAUUAGGAUACGAGUACAAAUGGUGGAAUGUUUUACCCCACAACAUGAAGUCCUCCUGUUUCAAUGUGGGCAACUCGAAAUGUGACGACAUGAAUGGGUGGGAGGAGGCUGGAGACCACAUUCGCAGCGGAAUUGGAGGGUCUGAUAACGAUUAUCUUAUUCUCACGCUACGAGUGCCUGGAUUUAAACUUCCAACGUCUGUAGCUGGAGUCACAGCUAGUGAGUUUGGUCGGAUCACAUUUGUCUUCGAGACAAUCUGCAGUGCAGACUGUGAGCUCUACUUCAUGAUGGAUGUGAACAGGAAGAGCACAAACGUGGUGGAGUCAUGGGAAGGCACCAAAAGCAGACGAGCGUACACACACAUUAUGACUAAGAAUGCAUCCGUGUCCUACACGUGGGCCUUCCAACGCACCAACAAGCCUUUAGAUGUCCGUCGUUACGUGAGUGAUAUCGCGAAGAUCUAUUCCAUCACCAUCACCAACGCUCUGGACGGCUCGGCCUCGUCUUGCCAUGCUUGUGCCAUGGUGAGUCAGGAGAGCGGUUCAUCCUGUGUCCCCUGCCCUGUUGGACACUACAUCGACAAAGACACCAACCAGUGCCAGGAGUGUCCUCCAAACACCUUCCUUUCUGGACAUCACAUCUACGGACAGGAGGCCUGCCAGCCGUGCGGCCCCAGUAGUAAGAGCAAUAAGGAGCACUCCUUGUGUUUCAGUGACUGCUCGUUCUCCUAUGUGGACCAGAACCGGACUUUGACCUACGACCUCAGUGCCUUAAGCUCAGUGGGGUCCAUCAUGAAUGGACCGAGUUUCACCUCCAAGGGAACGAAAUACUAUCACCAGUUUAACGUCAGCCUGUGUGGAGCAGAGGGAAGGAAGGUGGCCGUGUGUUCGGAUAACGUCACGGAUCUUUCCAGCAAAGACAUGCAGAGCGACUCAGCCGCCUUCAACAAUUACGUAGAGACCUUCAUCUGCCAAUCAACCAUCAUCCCAGCUGAUGGGCGGGGCUUCAGGACAGCCAUUUCCUCCCAGUCCAUCAGUCUUGCUGAUACCUUCCUCGGAGCUACGGUGGAAAGCACACUGAAUGGAGUCAGCGUUCGCCCUGACAUGUUCCCUGAAACUUCUCUAAGACUCAGAGAUAUCAACUUCUUCUUUCACUCUCCGCAGGUUACAGCGUCCUGUGAACACGGUCGCAGUGCCAUCAUUAGGCUGCGCUGUAACCCCGCUAAAGGAGACCGUGGAGAGCUCACUGUGCCGAGUAAGUGUCCUGCAGGUACCUGUGACGGCUGUACAUUUUACUUCCUGUGGGAAAGUUCAAGCGCAUGUCCCAUUUGCACUGAAGCGGACUACCACUCGAUUGAGGGGGCAUGCAAGGGAGGCAUGCAGGACAUCCUGUACGUAUGGAAUGAGCCUAAGCUGUGCACGAAGGGCGUGUCGCUCCCUGACAAAAGCUCCACCCCCUGUGAAGCAGUCCCACUAUGGCUGAAGGUUGGAAUAGGGGGCGGGGCGUUCAUAGCCGUCCUCCUUAUUUCUCUCACGUGUUACUUCUGGAAGAAAAACAAGAGGUUGGAGUACAAGUAUUCCCGGCUUGUUAUGUCGGCCAAUAAGGAGUGUGAGCUGCCAGCAGCAGACAGCUGUGCACUGGCAGAAGGAGAAGGCGAGGAGAACGAAGAUGAUGUCGUUUACUCGAACACUCCCUCGCUGCUGGGGAAACUGAAGGCUAUUGCUAGCAAGGGAGAAGGAACGAGCAGUGAAUCGGUGCAGCUGAAGUCGUCUCACGCAGAGAAAUGGGUCUGGGGGUAGAACGAUGGAGUCGGGGAGGAGCCGAACAACAGCACCAACACCACCACCAACAGCAACGCACUCUACAUAAAGAGAGGGAGAAUGAGAGAGAGACUUGCAGCCGGGUGCUCGGGCAUUCAGGCUCUCCCAUAUCUCUUAACUCAUC